AUGACGAUACCCUACAAGCACCGUGUCAGUACAACAUCCUGUACUUCAUUUUUUCGCUUAAUCUUUCUAUGGCGCGGUAGUGUAUGGAAAGCUGUAUUACGAGGGCUGAUCGUUUGGUUCUUAGUUUUCCAGGCAAUUGCAAUCUUCUACACCUUUGGACUUGGACCAUCUAAACAACGACUUUUUCGAAAAAUAGCUCUGGGAAUGAACAGUAAAAUGUCUUAUAUUCCUCUCGAAUUUAUUCUUGGUUUCUUUGUCAGCUGUGUGGUCAAACGAUGGUCGGAUAUUGUAUGCAGUAUGGGUUACCUUGAUGAUGCCGCAAUUUACGUGGGGAAUGUGAUCUCAGGAAAUGAUGAGCAAAUGACAAUGAUCAGAAGAACUAUUGUUCGUUAUUUGUGCUUAACCCAAGUUUUGGUGUACCGUGAUAUUUGCGAAUGUAUCAGAAAACGGUUUCCAACUUACGACUCACUAAUUAAAGCAGGGUUUUUGCUUCCUGAAGAGAAGAGAAAACUUGAAUCUUAUCCGCAAUUAAAUGAGUACUACUGCUCGGAUGAUGAGGGAAAAUAUUGGGCGCCAAUUCACUGGGCAAUAACCUAUACAAUACGGGCUCGUCAAGAGGGUAAAAUUGCUACAGAUAUGUGGUGUACGAGGAUUACAGAUGAAAUUCGAAAAUUUCAAAAUAAUAUGCAAACUCUGUGCAAUUAUGACUGGGUACAAAUACCACUUCCUUACCCCCAGUUCGUAUUCUUGGCAGUAAAUGUGUAUUUUGGACUCUGCCUAUUCACCCGGCAGUUUACCGAAAUUGAUAGUCGAAAAUUGCCGUACGAUUCACUUCAAGUGCCGUUCCCAGUGAUCACGAUCUUACAAUACACAUUUUACGUUGGAUGGAUGAAAGUUGCCGGCGGUCUUAUGAAUCCAUUUGCAGAACGUGAGGAUGAAUUAGAAAGCAACUUUUUAAUUGAUAAAAAUUUUGCAACAACGCUCUUUAUUGUUGACAAUGCACGAGAUGACUUGCCGGAAAUUAAGAAAGAUCUAUACUGGGAAUGCAACCUUCAUUAUUCACAGCUAAAUCCUCUUCCAGACACUGAUCGUCCAUUGAUUGGCUCAGCCGCUUAUAGGUUACCGUUCACUUAUCAAAAGUUAUUUACUUGUUGCAUUAUCUAUAAGCUAAGAAACUCUUUUGCUCUUUACCAAUGA